AUGGAAAGUGCUUACAACAGCCCCCCGUCGACACCCGGCGCCAAUACUUUCAACGGUGCUACAAAAAGCCCGGGUGACUCGGACACGAUUUUGACAUUUCAACGCAUAGACAAAGCAACACCUACGUCAUCUUCUGGGGCGAAGGCUAAUGCCACGUCUUUUCCAGUGACGGGAAGUCCUGCGGGAACCAUCGGGUUCGCCGUGCUAUUGAAGAAAUGCGGCUUCAACGCCAACGCCAACGUUGGGAUGCACGGUAUCACCAUGGCUAAGAUCAAAGAGGGGAUGAUUGCAAUUGGUCUGGCCAAGGAGUUUGACAUAUGGAGUUCUCCGUCAUCUAUGCUCCUCGACUAUGACCUUACUCUUUUGGAAUACGUGGGGCAGGUAUCGAAGCUUACGAAAAGUCCCCAGUCGGAUGUGAGAAUUUACUACGGUCUGAAGAAGGAUCACAACGCGCAGACAGUACAGGACAUCUACAAGACUGGAGAUUUCAUCAUCAGGAUCGUCCAAAUCAAGAAUGAUAAGUCGCAGGCGAUUCAGGCUCUCAGAGUGAUGAAGUCGCCUCCAGAAGAUGCACGUGCAGGCGGCCACAUCAUUGAUAUCCAGGACCUAGGCUCUCGGACACUCUGGGACUUGAGAGACGGAAUUAGCGCAAUGCAAGUCUACCAUGUUCUUGACUCACUCUACCUCCAGUCCAGUAUCUCACCGUCAUCACUUGAUGAGUUGCAGUGGGAACUCGUCAUGAAGAACUGCCAAGUCAUGCACGGCUGGUAUAUUGAUCCGGUCAGCACUGAGAUCAAAAUGGCACCAAAACCGGCAUUCCGUCUCAAGUCAGGAUUGAAUCUUGACUACAGCCCAGAUAGCACAGUCUCCACUGCAGAGGUUGAGAUCGCCAUUCCCAAUUACGGGGUCACGGACGGUUCAAAAAUUGAUGUCGUCACUACUGAGAGCGGAAUCAAGCACUCUCUUGUUCGCAAUAGCUUUGACAAGGCUUCUAUGGAUAAUAAAAUCGCCCUCGGUUACUCAGGAAUCGGUAUCAACGUGGCUAGCGGAAAGUCCUUCGACUCCCAAGGUGAGCAGUCGUCAGGGAGCAACAGGUCCAUCAAGAGCAUGAUCGGUAUAUACAAGCUUCCCCGAGCUACUUUGUUUCUUAACGCGGAUGAUCUCGUUCCGACCAAAGCAUUCACAGAUGGCAUUGAAAAGAUCAAGGAGCUAGGUGAGGGAGCGGACGAGACAGACGUUCGCAAAUUUUACGAAAGAUUUGGACAAUUUUUCUGCCACGAGGUCAUUCUCGGGGGAAUGUUGCUUUCGACAAAAGCUCUGGUUGGCAACGAAUCCCAGGACGAAGAAAAAAGCCGGUGUUCCUUUAAGCACGCUAUCGGGAUGUCUGUCUCCUCUCCUGUGGAAGUCAUCAUUGGGGCGGAGUCAAAGAAAGAAAUCGCAUCAAGUGCCGAUCAGAGCAUUGUUCGCAGCUAUAAAGAUAGCGACGACAGUGUGGUAUUCGAAGCAGUUGGUGGAAAUACCAUCUUGGCUUCCAACCCACAACAAUGGUGCGCAACAGUUGGAGAUUACAACAAUUGGAGAGUUAUCGGGAGACAAGAGAUGAAGUUGAUCCUCGACUCAUUCGAAGAUAGUGGAGAUAAUAAGCUCCAAGAUGUCGUCGACUUGUUCACUAAAGCAUCUCAACUUACUGUCUCGAAGUUCAUUGACAUUCCAAAGUCAGCAAAAAUCAUUGCGCAAUUUCGAUUCAAGACGAAGAGUACGAAUGCGGACAAAACACACUACCUUCGUCAUGACAUCUACAAACUCAUUGACUUUGGACCUCGAUCUGCGAGCGAGCAGAGAAUUAUGCCACAGAAGGUCACUAUCCGCUCGGGGCGUGAUUCGCAAACCGCCUGGUAUCUCUCCGUCCUCAGAACUUCGGCGGGAAUCUUCGUUCCCUGUAUCACGACCUCGAAACACUUUGUAUGGAGAGUCCGAGAAGUUCUGCGGCCCAACACCAAGAGCACCAUUGCUCAAGAGCCGUCACCCGACAAACCGCUCAGACACGAUGCGGUUCUAUGCUUGACUUAUGACUUUGAGGACAACCCCCGAGGCUACCGAGACUUCAAAGACGAUGAUCGCGGCUUCCGGAAUGUAGAGUAUCCGGACAAAGACACCACCCAGUUGGUGCUCGUUGAAUCACGUAACAGAACGGAUAUAUGGCCGGAUCGCAGAGUUCUUCUUCUUGCCGACGGGGAACCCUUUUUUACAGAAUCUACUGCCAAAGUCGCGGACUUGAAUGAUUCCGAGAUCUCUGUGAAAAUUGCAAAGUUCAACAUUGACGUCCGUGACCAAAUGGAUGACGACUAUGAUAUCUUGCAAAAAGAUGGCGAUUUCAUCACGGCGAGACACGAGGAGCAGCAGAAGAAGUUGAAGACCAGAGAUGAGGGGUCCUCGGGGUAG